AAUGUUUAUUGAUUGAGUUUAUUUGACAGCCGUGCGCUUCAGUCUCAUGAUGGCUUCUCGUCAGAUCAGGAUGGGCUUUUUCUACCGCCUCAUGUACAGGAAUGUAUCGGUCGACCGUUGCUGUCGUACGGCUGGAUUUUUGUGCUGAAAGACAUCAAAUGUAGGCGCGAUGAAGGACGAGAAAAACACGGCGCGCUCGCUCCAGAGUGCCGACGCGGAGCGUCAAAACGCAGCUGAUGUGGAGGACGGCCGCGCGACGCUAAACCCGGCGCUCCGUGAAGCGGGAUCAGAUCGAGCCCUUGCACCGACAGCCCGGACAGCGACAGGAAUACGCGUUUUAAAGCGUAACAUGAAGCGCAACGGGAGUAGAGGUUGCGUGACCCGGAAGACGCGGUUUGGCUCUCGCGAGCGGGACUGGCUGAAAGGUGAUGCUCAGCGAGGCUGCGUGUGUCUCUAUGGGGCCUCGGAGCCCCAGCUUCCAUCGUCGGGACCCCAGACCUCCUCUACCGCCCAGCCGGACCUGAAGCUGGUGCUCUGCUCCACCAACACCACCGUGGAGGAGCUGUGUGCUCAGAGAGAUAUUCAGGGUCUUUAUCUCCAGCUGCACGGAGACCUCAUCAGGAGGUUGGACCCUUCUGAACGUCCUCUUCAGAUGGUUUAUGACUACCUGACUGCUAUGGGUUAUGACGACCCACUUCGGGUCCAGCAGGAAGCGGCCAAUUCGGAUCUCAGCUGCAUGAUCCGCUUCUAUAGUGAGAAACCGGUGAACGCAGACCAGCAAGAACGGACCCUACUGAAGGGCGUCUUCAGCGUGAGGAAAGGAAAGACGCAGCUUCAUAAAUGGGCGGAGCGACAGGUCAUCUUGUGUGGCACAUCCCUUAUCGUGGCCUCUGUCAAGGACAGCCUGACCGGCAAGAUGCACAUCCUACCCCUGGUCGGGGGCAAGGUUGAGGAGGUAAAGAGGAGGCAACACUGUCUGAUGUUCAGCUCCGCUGGUCCUCAAGCUCAGACCUACUACGUUAACUUUGACACCCUGGCAGACUACCAGCGCUGGCAUCGGCAGGCUUCGAAAGUUGUGUCUCAGACAAUAAGCCUGGUAGAUUUAUCCUGCUAUAGUCUGGAGGAAGUGCCCGAGUAUCUUUUCUACUGCCAGGACGUCACGCAUAUUAACCUACGGCACAACUUCAUGAGACUGGAUGGCCCUGGAGGUCUGAUCAACUUCAACAGAUUUGCACAGUUGAAGAGCUUAAAUCUCUCUCACAAUGGGUUGGGUGUAUUUCCGGAGUCGGUGUGUGAGAUCCAGGCGUUGACUGAACUCUAUCUCUCCUGCAACGGCCUCAGUUCUGUUCCAGACCGCAUCGGCAACCUCCAGAGUUUACAGACUCUGUCACUGGAUGGAAAUCGCUUGGGUUCUCUUCCGGAGGAGUUGGGCAACCUCGCUCAGCUCAGUAGCUUGGGUCUUUCCUUCAAUGAUUUUCCUCACAUACCCUGCAUCCUAGAACGGCUGUGUGCACUGGACAAGCUAUCGAUGGCUGGAAAUAGGGUGGAGACCCUGGAUCUGUGUGGCCUGCUACGAAUGACUCACAUUAAAAGUAUUGAUUUACGGUUAAAUGGCCUCCGCUCUGUUAAUAGUGAAACUCUGGAGCCUAUCAAACAUCUCAUCCAGCUGGACCUGAGAGAUAACCAGUUGACCUCUUUAGACCUGAGCUCCACCUGUAAUCUGGAGACCCUACACUGUCAGAGAAACCAGCUGGCAUCUCUGACGCUCAGCGGCUUCACUCUCCGCACGCUCCACGCCAAUAACAACCGUUUGACCACAGUGAACAUCUACCCAGUUCCUAACCAACUAACACACAUGGACCUAUCAAGGAAUGUUCUGGAAUAUCUACCAGAUUGGGUGUGUGACAGCAGGAAGAUUGAGGUGUUGGAUGUCUCCCAUAAUCUGCUGUCUGAGCUCUCAGCCAGACUUCUGAGCAGCCUAAGUCUGCGUAAACUUUUGGCCGGCAACAAUAGGUUGGAAAGACUGUCUGACCUGCUUGACCACAUCCCGCUGGAAAUACUCGACCUGCAGCACAACAAGUUGAAAGAAUUGCCGGAGAGCUUCUUCUAUAAAGCCUUAAAUUUAAAGUAUCUGAAUGUGUCUGCCAAUGCACUGGAGACAAUCCCAGCAAGCAGCCAAUCAGAGGAGAGCCUCAGCACCCUGCAGGAGCUCUAUCUGACUGGAAACAACUUAAAUGAAAACUGCGCCGCCCUACUGGUGGGCCACCAGAACCUGCGUGUCUUACAUAUGGCUUAUAACCAACUGCAGUCCUUCCCUGCUAGUAAACUCGGUAAACUGGAGGUGCUGGAGGAAUUGAAUUUGAGUGGAAACAAGUUGAAAGCGAUCCCCUCAACUGUGUCCAGUUGUAAGAGACUACACACCCUCAUCGCCCACUCCAACCAUAUCAAUGUGUUUCCUGAGGUCCUCAACCUGCCUGAGAUUAAGCUGGUAGAUGUGAGUUGUAAUGAGCAGACCGAAAUCCUGUUGCCGGACUCUUUGCCCUCCACACUACAAGAGCUGGACCUCACUGGUAACAGCAGUCUCAUGCUAGAACACAGAACCCUUAACCUCUUCAGUCACAUAAGUACAUUAAAGCUAGACCAGAAACCAGCUGUGACGGCGGGAGAUUCACAGGGGUCGUCCACCCUGUGGGAUCAUGGUUACGCUGAGAUGUGCGGUCAAAGAAACAAGUUAUGUGUGUCCGUGCUGGCUGUGGAUCGCUUUGGAGACAGUCCCGAGGCAGCUUAUGGGAUUUUCGAUGGUGACCGUAAUGAGGAAGUUUCCAGGCUACUGCAGUGCACCAUGGGAGAUGUUUUGGCAGAGGAGAUACAGCACUCCGGUGUGGACACCGUAUACAUGUGCAACACUUUCCUAACCUCUCAUAGGAAACUCGGCAUGGCGGGUCAGAAACUAGGUGCCUCUGCUCUGCUCUGCUACAUCCAUCAUGAGUCGUCUGAACCCGGGAGUUACUUUGGUCUCACUGUGGCCAAUGUGGGCACCUGUCAAGCUGUGCUGUGUCGAGACGGGCGACCUCUCGCCCUCUCAAAGGUGUUCAGCCUAGAACAGAGUGCUGAGGAGAUGGAACGCGUCAAAAUGGCUAAAGCGAUCAUCACAGAGGACAACAAGGUGAGCGGUGUGACAUGCUGCUCACGGUUACUUGGCUGUUCCUACUUGUUUCCUUGUGUGCUUCCCAAACCCUGGGUGCACACAGAGCCUCUGUGUUCCCAAGACGAAUUCCUGAUCCUAGGAAACAAAGCUCUCUUCCAAAAGGUUUCCUACCAGGAGGCGGUGAGUACCGUGCUGGCCGUUAGGGACCCCCGCGCUGCUGCCAAAAAGCUCUGCACAUUAGCGCAGAGCUACGGAUGCCGGGACAAUGUAGGAGCAGUGGUGGUGGCAUUGCACAUCGGAGAAGACAGCUGUACAUGUGAUCCUCCCCUCUUGACCGCAGAAGCUCGUGGGCCCCCUGCCCAGGCACCUUUACCGAUCACGGUAUCUCCCGGAGACCCAGCCACCCCAUCGUCUAGCAGCGGCAUUGCGUCCGAGUUCAACAGCGAGAUGUCCGCCUCGGAAGUGGGCAGCGAGGCUGGAUCCACGGCCUCGGAUGAGCACCCUUCUUCAGGGCCAACUGUCCGUCCAGAGCGUCGCUGCAGUUUGCACCCUGCCGCUCCGUUGUGUAACGCAGGGCCGAUAGGCUUGGGGCCGGGGGCUCACCCGGCUCUGUUUCAGCGGCAGCCUUCCAGCGCCACCUUCUCCAGCAAUCAGUCCGACAACGGACUGGACAGCGAUGACGAAGCUCCUCUGGAGGGCGUUAUCUCAAACGGGAGUAAGUUGGAGGUAGAGGUAGAUAUUCACUGCUGUGCUUUUCAGCUCCGUUCCGGGCCACCCGAAAGCCCCAAGGACCUGGAUGGCCGUCGUGACUCGCGGGGCUCGGACUAUCCCAAGAGCAAAAUGCGGCGGCAAAACAGCGUUGUAGUUUCCGCCACCAACGGAUGCCUGCUGGCCGUAUGCGGGAGAGAGAUCUCGGAUCUUAAGAAGUCUCCGUCCACCUCUAGCCUCUUUGGAAAGAAGCUCUCCAAUGGCUCAGUAGUGGCUUUGGAGGAUAGUCACAACAUCAUCGAAGUAGCACUUGAGGCUCCCAAAAAGAAGUCGGGUUAUUUUGCCGCGCCAGCACAGCAAGACCCGGAAGACCAGUUGAUUAUACCGCCCAGUCUGGAACAAGAUGUUCGAGAGCAGUUGAGAGGCCAGAGCCCUGUGGUUCCUGGGCCACUACAUCCUUCGACACCCCCGAACUGGGACCAACCUCACCCGGGUGUCCACCCCACCACCGUCCCGCAACAGGAUGUCUACGACACAGCUCUGUAGCGGGUGCAAAACGACCGCACCAUCUCUGCAUCAUAGGGCCACAUCCAAAAGCCAAGCACGCACUUCCUGUCACGGAGAUAUUCCAAUUCUUAUUUAGCACCAUCAUUACGUGUGGGUCCCUGCAUGUGCAUUUUCGGGCAGAUCGGUGGUGGCGUAGCUCACGUCCACACAUAGGCCACGCAUUCAGGACCGAUGAAAUCAGAAAGAUUGAGGUCUUGAAAUAAAUGGGCAUGGAGCUGAAGGACCUUAAGCGUCACGUGCGCAAGCUCAUUUUCGACAUUUGCCCUUUAUAUCAAAGGUCACAGGGCUUCGGUAGGCUUCAGUGAUCACAUUUGCCUUCUGGCGGUAAGACACUAUCAGAUAAACUGAGACCAAAAGAUGAGAAAAGUGCCUCUUGAAGAUGCUUGGGUUUCUGAGAGCCUUCAUUGUUCUCCUACCUGGAGAGAAACUGAACCUAGUAAAGUGGAAAAUAAUGGAGAUCAUUGUGAGAAACAUCCAGUGCACAGACCUCACAAAACCUUAACUUGAGCUGUCUCGGGUCGUACUUGAAGUUUUGAGUGUGCCAUGACUAUACAGUAUGACCGAACCCGGGUUCCAACUGGGCAUCACGUCGUAAAUAUGUCAUUGGGUCUUUGCAGGUUUACUGUCGGUGAGUGAGGUUCGGGUUAUUUUCUCAUCAUCUCAUUAUCAAGGAAAAAGUGAAACGGUAAUUAUGUGUAUGAAAUAUUCUGGCAUUAAUUUUUUUUCUGUAUGAAGAUGUACAGGGCGUAAAUGUACUGUGUUGUGUGUGUGGAUGGGUGUGCUUUUUUGCCUUGCACAAUACAUGUAAGAAAACAGGCUGAAGUUUUGGUUUAAACAGAGGACUUGAAAAGAAAAGAUGAUUCAUUAUCAGGUCAUUUGAGUUACAAUCAUAGCAUACAGGACUUAAAAUGCUGAGCUCAUGGUUUGAGGGGACACCUAGUGGUGUUUGAUAGACACUGCAGUCAUUGUGUACUGUAUGACGUUUUAUUACAUUUCACCUUUUCUUUCAAAUUGGGAAAUUGAGGUCAGGCUUGUUGCAAUUUUUAUUGAUGGCACCUAAAGCCCACUUCUUCUAUUUUGCCAAUAUAUACGUAUAUCAUAUUUAGGUGUCAAGGCCAGAUUUAGCUCUAAUGCCGAUGUUGUAUUUAACAUUUAAAAUCUCAAAAUGAACAAAACAUUUUGCAUUGACAUUCAGCUCUUAAAUGUCCAAAUUAGAUCAAAUAUAUAUUUUACUCUUUUUGAAUUAAUGUCACAGUUAUAUUGUGCGAGCUAUUUGUGCCAAACCUGCAAACAGGUGUUUGCUAUAUUUAAAACUAAAGGACCACUAUUUGACCAAUCUGAAUCCCAGUGUUAAAUGUCUUUUAAUCUUGGAAGACUCAUGAAGCGAUGAGUUUACUGCCAUUACUGUGCAUUUUAAGGCUUCGAAGAGCUGCUUGUCUGUUAUAUUAGACCAGAAGCUGUUGUUCUUGUGCCAAAAGACAUGUAGUUGAAGGAAAGUAGUGUUUUGUUUUUGACCUUUGGGAACUGAAUCCAGUGGUCGAUUUAAUUUCUGUAAUCGCCUUAAACUUGGGAUGCAUCCAGCUUCGAAUUGCUUGUUGCAGGUAGCCCUCGCUCUUUUCUUAAACGAAGCCAUCUUAGUUUCUAAGCUUCGUAGAUUUAAUUAAAAAGCACAUCUUUUUAUUUUAUUUUGGUAUAUGAAUGCACAAUACUUAGCCGUUGCUUAUUCACUUUUGACUUCAGUGUCAAUUUAAAAAUGUGAAGAAUAUUUCGUGGGAAUUCCCACGAAUGCUUAAUAGCUCUAGUGGACAAUGAAUCUUACAAAAGUAUUAAUUUAAAAGGUUUUACACUGUUAAUUUAAUUUAAAAGGUGUAUGCACUUUGUAGAAAGCUCAAAAAAUAUAUCUAUCUAUCUAUAUAUAAAUAUACAGAUAUGAUUAAGAUAAACAGCUGAGCUUUUUAAUAAAAAACUAUUUAAAGACAUCAAACGUAGGCUGCAGUGUACCUUCUUUAGUCCAGAAAGCCAAUUAUUUUUGGACAUUUUCAUUAGAUUUCUUCUCAUAUUUGAGAGAUAAAUAUUUAUUUGCAUUUAUGUGUAAUUGACAAGAAAGAUUAUUGAAACACAAUGUACUGAUUUAUAUUGUGCUAGCAAACCAGGUUCUGCAAAUAUUUACCUGUUUGAUUUGUUUGAUGUCGAGUCGGGCAUCAUCACACUGCACUUUCAAUUAUAAAACCAUUUCAUUCAUUGCAGCGCUUUAAUAGAAACAAAUAUUUGCUACUAGAAAUACUAAAAAAGUACUACAACCGGCACUGGAAAACAUUGAAUACAGCAUGUCAUAGCACCUUAGACCUCUUUAUACCCCUACAUAUGCAAUGCAUAUCUGCAUCAGUCUUAUAGAUGAUAUGCAAUAUAAUUAUAGUUUGAUUCAUCAGUAUUAUCUUAUGUUAAAAAUGAUCUAAAAUGAUUAAGGAUAAGAAGGAAACUACAGUAUAUAUAUGUAUGUCUUUGCGUGUUAGGAUUACAGUCUCUUUGUCAUGGCCGUAUUCUUUCAUGACUUGUCUGAACAGUUGUAUUUUAGAUUAUUCCCUAAACUAUCCAUGUGCUCUGUUCUCCUGUCCAAAACAGGGUUAAACUGAGCAAAUGUCCUUGGAAAUCUUAGCCAAAUACAAAUUAUCUGUGUAUUUUUCACUAUAAAUAUAGGAUAUGCUCUUAUGGAGUUUACAUUUAUCCAUCAAAGUCUUUAUGGUAUGGUGGUAUUUAAGUGCUUAUGAUGGGAAGAAUAAGCACAGUUAUAUGAACACGCUCACUCCCAUUAAAUUAAGUAUAGAAUAUUAUAAUAUUGUUUUGAUGGACCAAUGGUUGCACAUACGGUUUUCCCUUUAAAAUGACCUUUCUUAAAGGGGCACUCCACUUUUUUUGAAAAUAGGCUUAUUUUCCUGCUCCCUUAUAGUUAAACAUUUGAUUUUUACAGUUUUGGAAUCCAUAUAGCUGAUCUCCGGGUCUGGCGGUACCACUUUUAGCAUAGCUUAGCAUAAUCCAUUAGGGGUGUGAUGAGACACUAACGGCCAAUCUCAUUUCUCUGUCUUAUCCCUUCCCCUUUGUCUUCGUCUUCCCAAAGGGGAAAGGGGUAAACAGAUUGUUCGUCUAAAAAAUGAGACACCACUCGAUUACCGUUUGCGUCACCUUCCCUUGCCGCUAACUGGCUGCUACGUAAACAGACAAGCGUUGACAAACAAAGAAGAUGCCGUUGUCUCAGGUGUGGUAUCGAUUGCCUGAGCGGAGCUCAACAAAUAGCGCAUAACUUAGCUGCUAGCUAGCGCCUUAACUAGUGAUUCAAAACAAAAACAUUACAAUUAAAACCACUUGAACAUUUUAUUAAAAGUAUCAUAAAACAUGAGUGUCAUAAUAUAAUCUCAAUCAAACUGCAGAAAAUAACGUUACUUUCAUUUGUGCGACUCCUUGACAGUUCGACGUUCAUCAAUAAAACGUCUUGAUGCCGGCUCUCCUGAGAUAUUCCUACGUUAACGUUUACCCCUCUCUUUCAAGUUUGGUCCUUAUCACACUUCGUUUCAAGGGCUAUGUAUCCCUACGCCUUGGCCCUAGCCCUUGAUCAAACUGAGAAUUGAGACAACACUUCGCCUCACAUGAACGCGCAAAACCGAGGUGAAGGGGUAAGGGGAAGGGGUAAGACAGAGAAAUGAGACGCACCCUUACGGCGCAUUCACACGGGGCGUCAGCGUUAACGCUUCCCAUUCACUUUUAAUGGGUGACGUCAUGCGUUGCCGAACUGAAUUGUGGAUCCGUCGGCGCCGCGUCAGUGCCGUUGCUCGCGGCAGAAGUUGAACAUUUCUCAACUUUUUAAGCGGCAACGCGUGCGUCAGCCAAUCAGAUCGCCUUAUGCAAAUAACCUAGGUAGAGCCAGCCAAUUACGUUUAUGGAAGAACGGAGUAUGUGUAGCGGCCACUGUGAUUGGCUGUUGGCCACGCUUCAGACUAGCCUUCCGUUAAGCGUUAGCGCUUACGCCCCGUGUGAAUGCGCCGUUAAUCUAUGAGACGAGACGGGACCCAAGAUUUUUCUCAAACAGGAAGCUGCAUCCUCCGGAGGUCGCAUAUGCAGGCUGCAUACGUCAUCAAGCCUGGUUUAUUUAAGUUAUAAGCAUAUUACAACAAUUUACAAUUAACUUAAUAUUAUAGUAAACUUUAUAAUUGUUAAUAUUUUGUAAUAAGAUAGUCUUUAUAAAGUAUGCAGUCUACAAAUGCGACCUCCAAAGGAUGCAGCCUUUUGUUUGAGAAACGACCAGCAUUUCACCUCCACAAGAAAUCUCGUGACAUAAUUAAUUUCGCGAUACAAUUUUAAUCUCGCGAGAUCUCGUCGCACGAGAUCUCAUCACAAUCCCUAUCCAUUGAAUCUGAUUAGACCAUUAGCUUUGUGCUCAAAAAUAACCAAAGAGUUUUGAUAUUUUUCCUAUUUAAAACUUGACUCUUCUCUAGUUACAUUGUGUACUAAGACCGACAGAAAAUUAAAAGUUGCGAUUUUCUAGGCACAUAAUAACUCUUUGGAUAUGGUUUUUAGGCACGAUGCUAAUGGUCUAAUAAGAUUCAAUGGAUUAUGCUAAGCUAUGCUAAGCUAUGCUAAAAGUGCUAGCGCCAGACCCGGAGAUCAGCUGAAUGGAUUCCAAAACGGUAAGAAUCAAACGUUUAUGGGAGCUGGAAAAUGAGCAUAUUUUCAAAAAAGUGGAGUGUCCCUUUAAAAUGAUAAAAGAUUAUACAAUCACACAAUGACAAACAGAUGUUGGUAGUUAAAGAUAAUGUGUGUCAUUUUUGUUUUAAUGGAAACCCUUUCCCCAUCCCAGCAGGGACAUUUGCAGAAAAACUGUCACACACUAUAAUGUCUGUUUGAGUAUCACUGCAAUAAUAAAAAUGAGUUUGAGGAAGGAAAAUGUUGAGAGAACUGACCCUAAAAUUGUAUUUUUAUCAGGUUUCAGAUCUUGUCAUUAUUUGUCUUUUACAAACUCUUGAGCAACGGUUUGUCCCAAGCACCCAUGUUAUGUACAGUGCAAUAUUCUCAUCUUUUUCCAGUACUUAUCAGUCUGCAUUUUAUUUGACUAUUUAACACCGAAAACAUUUAUCUGAAUGUAGGUCUGUAAAUUUGUUCAGUGUGUGAGAGAGUUGUUAUUGGUGCAUGAAGCGUGUGUUUAUGAUUUUACCCUGACACAGAUACAGAAAAUGUAUAGAAUAAAGAAACACAUUCAUCUGGUGUAUUUAUGGACAUUUGCAGAUAAUCACUGUUCGCUGUGGAAAGACUUUAGAUGAUGUUUCUCUUGUUUGACGUGACCAAAGCUCGAUCUUUUCAUCAUUUUUGUCAUUUUUUCAAGAGAUGCUUUAAUAUGUCCUCUCAAUGCCAAGAAGCUGAGGUUUAUUUUUGUACUUCAUUGUUUCAUGCAAAUGUAUAGGUCCUCUAGUGCAAAACCUAGAAUCACACAUUAAAGUAAUGUCUUUGAAGAUGAUUAUUCAUGUAUUUAAUAUGAAAAGCAUGCCCUCUAUAAAUGAAUAUAUAUAUAUAUAUAUAUAUAUAUAAAGAAUAUAUCAUGUGAUUAUUUGUAUAAAAUACAUUUUUGUUUAUAAAAAUUGUUUUAAUAUCCGAAGCAUAAUGUAUAUUAUGUAUAUUUUAAGUUUCUAUUUUAGCAUGCAGUAAACUGCUGAAUAUUUUCAUUGCGUUAAAUUAUAAAAUUGUAUUCAGUUUAGGAAAUCAUUUGAGUUGUUUUACUGAUUAAGUAAAAGACUACAUGCAAGCACUUUUGCUGUUUGUCAGCUAGCUCUGUGCUUACUUUGGAUUUUUUCGAGCGAGUGAUGGAUCGUUUCAUUUGAGAUGCUGCUAUGCUUAGUUUUGAGCAGAAAGCUGUAUUUUUAAUUAACUUCUCAGCCAAGUAGCAAUAAAUUUUUUUACUGUGAA